CCGACUACGGUGGUCCGCGUAAGCGCUAUUGACAAUUUGAAUAGCGAGGAACCUCCACGACGGACUGUUGUGGGAACGCGAGUCUGCGAGCGCGGCACUUUUCGGGGAGGAUUUGAUGUGAAAUUUGCCCCGAUUAUGGGCCAUACUGAUUCUCCCAGCAGGCUCGUUAGCUACAGCUUGCCCAUGAAUCGGCGACGAUGCGUACGUGAAAGCGCAAUGCUUAGUCGCAUGCGGUGCCCAUCGACGCGAAUCGUUAUCAUCCGGGUUUCUCAUUCGUCUAUCAGUCUCUUGUUGUGUUCGAUUUCGACCUGCGACAUAACUUCAGUUCAUGCUCCAUCUUCGCUAGUGUCCAUACACGAGGUUCUGGACAUCUGCAGCGUCUCGCCUCUCCGCUCAGACGAUCCAGGUUCAAGUCAGGGCAAGCAUAACUCACCUCUCCGUUGAGGUGUGGUUCUCAUCGAACCCGACUGAUCCUCAAGUUUAUUGU